AUGGAUAACGAGAUUCCCCUCCCCCCUCCCCGGCGGGUCCGACACCGUUCCCCGGCGCGUGCUGCUGGGCACUCACCCGCAGGCUCGUUCGCGUCAUCCUUCAAAACAAGUCGAUUCUCGCGUUUCGACGACCGCUCUAGUCAGCCCUCUAGCGAUCCGGCGCUGUUUUCAAGUGACGAUAUCCCUGCUUCGGGACUGGAGAACUAUAACGCUUCUGGCGCCGGGCGCAAGCGACGAUAUCGAGGCACGUGGUGGGGAGAGCAGGUUGUUGAUCCGAAGCGGAAAAGGGCCGAUUUCAAGGAUAAACGCCAUGUUGAUAGUGGUGUUUGGAUGGGGAGCGAUGAGUCUGGUGCCUCGCUGUUGCCUUCGGAGGAUGCGUCAAACUGGGGCGAGGACCUCUUGAAAUCUGUGCUUGACCCGAACGUGGCGGGCAAAUUUCCUCUGCAAGGGACUUCUGCGUCUACUGCAUCACCCGUGCCGCCUACUCCAGUUAUGAAGGGUCUGCAUGAGUCAGAGGAACAUCGGUAUGCUAGAGCUGUUGUGAAUGAAUGUCUCGAGAAGGGGAAGGAGAGCAUCGAUCUUGGAAACCUGAACCUGAACAGCAUUCCAUCUGGUCUACUCCAGCCCCUGCGACAUUUCACCAAACUACCCUCUGUGCAUGAGGCUCCGAUAUCUGAUAAUUUCUACACCUCGCUGCGACCUUUUCUCAGCAUUUACCUUUCAGGGAACUCACUAACAUCUCUUCAUAACGAGCUCUUCGAGCUAGGUGACCUCAAGGUCCUCAGCGUACGAAAUAACAAACUGAAUGAGAUUCCUGCCAACAUUCGCAAAUUGACAGGAUUGGAGGUUCUCAAUAUCGCUGUCAAUGAUCUUUCUUUCCUCCCAUAUGAACUACUGGGUCUUCUCCAUGCAGAAUUGAAACAUUUCACCGCGUACCCAAAUCCAUUUCCUUCGAUCGAGGAGGCUCAGAUUGCCCAAUGGCAUCGGAAUCCUACGAAGAAAGAGGGCGAGGAGACACCCUUACAUGAUCUUCUCUACUUCGAUGAAUACGACGGAGAGCCUCCAGUCGAUGCAGGAGCGGCAAUCCACGUAGCAACAGGACCAACAGUCAAAUUAGACGUGGAAGGCAGGAAAAUGGAAGAUAAUCUUAGGUCACCUUCAACUAUCAUGGCUUCUAACGACUACCUCUCAAACGCCCCAUCACUGCGCGAGCUCUCCCUCCGAGCCGUGUGCAAACUCCCAGAUAUUGAGCACGUCACAGACGAAGAACUGGCUGUCUUCCCCAAACCUGUGGCCACCUUGCUGCGCCAAGCGAAGAAGGUUCGCGCGGCUGGUGGUCAGCACUGCUCAGUUUGCCAGCAGGAGUAUGUGAUUCCUCGCGCAGAAUGGCUGGAGUGGUGGGACUGUGCUCCUCAUGAAAAUGGGAUGAGACCAAGAGUCUCUGGGGAAAAGCUUCGUCCUUUGCCUUUUAGACGGUUUUGUUGUAGCUGGGCUUGUGCGCCUGGCUCUUCGUGA